CCCGAGUGAAUUACCCUAUUAAGAGGUUGCUGUUAGCAAUGGCUGAAAGUGGCACUAUAAACAUGGAAAGUGACAUGCAUAAGUUUUGUGUGUCAUUUGUCUCAUGCCAAGUUGCUCAUGUUGGAAUUAAGAGAUUUGUAGAGUCUUGGAAUUAUCAUGCAAUCCCAGGGAAAGGUAUUCCAGAAGCGCUAUCUCGCCAAAACAAUUAUAUUUCAGCGAUUGAUGCAGCAGACAUCCCAAGUGUGGAAGAGGCUAUUGAUCUUUACGAAUCUGAAGGAGGCUCUUUGCAGAGAUACAGUUACUUUGGCCUUGAUCCUCUUUCACAGAGGCCUGACUUAGUUCUCAGAUGAAAUGAAAUGAUGAAGCGUGCUAAUCCAAGUUUUUCUGACAUAUUUACUAAUAUUAUUGCUGGAGAUGGAAUGUAUUUUGAAAACAUCAUUUUAUUUUGCAUUUCUGUAACCAAUCAUUUGUCUUCACUUUUUUAGAAGUUAUAAUUGUAGUA